GGAGAUGCGCGGGGCGGAGGCGGAGCGGGCGGGGUCCUCCGCGCCCCCGCGGCGGGGGCCGAGGAUGAAGCGGGAGGCGGAGCAGCGCAGCGUUCCCGUGCGGGCCCGCACAGCCCCCCAUCCCUGACCCCUCCGCGGGCACAGGAUGAAGCUGCUGCCCGGCGUGGGUGUGUUUGGGGCCGGCAGCACCGCCCGCCUCCUCAUCCCCCUGCUGCGAGCCGAGGGCUUCUCCGUUGAGGCUCUGUGGGGAAAGACGGAAGAAGAGGCGAAGCAGCUGGCCCAGGAAAUGAGCGUCGCCUUCUACACCAGCCACACCGACGACGUCCUCCUGCACCAGGACGUGGACCUGGUGUGCAUCCAUAUCCCCCCCCCGCUCACCCGGCAGAUUGCUGUGAAGGCUUUAGGUACCUCCCUGUCUUUAGGUACCUCCCUGUCUUUAGGAAUAGGGAAGAACGUGAUCUGUGAGAAAGCCGCCACCUCGGUGGACGCCUUCAGGAUGGUCACAGCUGCCCGGUAUUACCCCAAGCUGAUGAGCAUCGUCGGCAACGUGCUCCGCUUCUUGCCCGCCUUCGUGAAGAUGAAGCAGCUGAUAGAGGAGCGCUACGUGGGCAACGUGAUGAUCUGCGACGUGCGGGUUUACGGGGGGAGCCUGCUCAGCCACAAGUACAGCUGGAUCUGCGACGAGCUGAUGGGGGGGGGCGGCCUGCACACCAUGGGCACGUACAUCAUCGACCUGCUGAGCCACCUCGUCGGCAGGAGGGCGCAGAAGGUCCACGGGCUGCUCAAGACGUUUGUGAAGCAGAACGCGGCCAUCAGCGGGAUCCGCCACGUCACCGGCGACGACUUCUGCUUCUUCCAGAUGCUGAUGAGCGACGGCGUGUGCUGCACCGUGACUCUCAACUUCAACAUGCCCGGAUCGUUCGUUCACGAGGUCAUGGUGGUGGGGUCCAGCGGCCGCCUCGUAGCGCGCGGCACGGACCUGUAUGGGCAGAAGAACACGGCGCUGCAGGAGGAGCUGCUGUUCAGCGACUCUCUGGCUGUCAGCAAAGGCCUUUUGGACAAGGGCUUCCAAGACGUCCCGCUGCUCUACCUGAAAGGAAUGGUGUACAUGGUGCAGGCGCUGCGGCAGUCCUUCCAAGAGCAGGAAGAUCGCCGGACGUGGGAUCAGCAGCCCGUCUCCAUGGCAGCCUCCUUUGAAGAUGGCUUGUACAUGCAGAGCGUGGUGGAGGCCAUAAAGAAAUCCAGCAGGUCGGGGGAGUGGGAGGCUGUGGAGGUCAUGACCGAGGAGCCGGACGCCAACCAAAACCUGUGCGAGGCGCUGCAAAGGAACAACCUAUGAGCAUUGCUGCUUCGGGAUCGUAGGACGGCGAACGCUUCCGGCCCCCAUCCUCUCACGUUUUUAAGAUUGCUAUUUAAUAAUUCGAGUUUCUUCUUGUUGUUUUUUUUAAGCGUGUAAAAUGACGUCAUGUUCUGAUGGAAACAGUUCCCAUUUAGGACGUUCCGUUUCUGCGGGUGUUUAAUUCUUGUCUUGGAGGCUUAGGAAAACUUGAAUUGCCCUUUGCACUCGCAGCAGCGAAGUGAAGCGUGGGCUCCGUGCCGCUGCACGGCUUGGAGAGGGGACGCGGCCCCUCUCUUUUUAGCAGUCCUAAAGUGAGAGUGAGCAGAGCAGGAUCUGGGAGCAGCUGUUGCUCAGAUGCCUUCGCCUUCUCCCCUGGAGUCUGAUUUAGUUGUACUCCUCAGUAACACUUUAUUAAAGGGUUUAGGGACGUAACGCAUCUCUGAACUGCCAUAGGACAAAGACCAGAAGGAACAGAGUAAAGCGUGUAGAAUAAGGAUGGGCCGUUGGCUUUCUGCACGCAGAGCAAAUGUCUUUCCAAUUAAUUGAAACCCGUGCGUUAUUUAAAGGAUGUUCUGAGAUCCCAGCCGAUGGUGCUGGGGAGACCUGUGACGCUUUGUGCUUUUCUCCCAUCUCUGCAGACAUCAUUCCUUCUACUCGUGACUCCGCCUGCAUCCCGCAGCCUUUCUGCAUCAGCUCCGUGCCCACCGGCUGUGUUUACUGCCUGGCAGCACCGGAGCUGUGACUGCAGGGCCACCUCCUCACUUCUGUGACCUCCUGAGCGCCUCCCAGGCUCACAGAUGAGGCUCAGGACGUUGCUGCCGAUGAAGCUGUAAAACCUUAACCUUCCACAUAUCUGAUGGUGGAGGUAAGGAGGUCUUGCCUACCUCUUGCAGCUCUCCUACGUGCUGGCUGGGAAGCUGUCACACUACACAUGCUGAUAGCUGAAGAGUCUGCCCUGAACCUCAAACACUGGAUAUCACCCCUCUGGUCCCGCCUGCCAUCCUGCGGCUCGUGGCUGUUGGCAGCUGGUGGGUGGCAGUCUGUUUGUUUGGAGAAGAGUUUCUCCCUGAGGCAGGCAUGUGAAAGGGACAGUACAACUUUGCUACGUUGAUUUUUGUGUACUUGAAGGCUUUUUUUUUUUAAUGUAUUUCCCACUAAAAUGGUAACCCUGUGUAUUUAUGUACGUUAACACGCAAACCACUGUUCCAUAAUUGGUCCUUCCCGAGAAGUAUCUGACUCGUUUUCUACAGAAAUAAAUAAAAAAAGUAUAUUGUUUGUUAAGGGAA